AGAGGACAGAGGUAAUGCAAGUCCUUUUGCCAUCCGCUCCACUUCGUACUGUGUGCCCUGUGAGGGUCAGGCUGCUCUGCUUAGCCGUCUGCCGCUGGGCGCUCUGAUCACCCCUCUGGUAAAACAAAGUGCUGAAGAGAAGCCUCUCCCACUGUGCAAAGAGACAGAGUGUGUUGUGGGCUGUGGGGGGUGUGGAGCUUCCAUGUGUCCAGCGAUGGGCUGGCAGGAUUGUGGUCAAAGGUUUUACUGCCCCUUCUGUGGCAAACUCAGUGAAGUACCAUGGCAGCACUACCAGCCUACCAAUGGUGUGAACGGGGUUCGGGUUGAUAAGGAGAAGAGGCCUGAACUCAGCACGGGGUCAUAUGAAAUCCUCAAUUCUCAGAAGGGGGAAGCUGCUGCACUCCUUCUAGCCAUAGAUGUGUCUGUCUCAGCACUGAGAGGAGGACACUUGGAAUUCGUAACACAACAAAUACAAAUGCUGCUUAACUCUAUGAAAAGGGAGGAUGGUGAUGCUUUAGAUGUCCGUGUUGGUUUGAUGACGUAUGACAGCAGGAUCCACCUCUACGACCUCAGUCCUGAACUGUCCCGCCCACACAUGCUGGUCAUCACAGAGACAGAAGACCUUCAGCUUCCUGUGAGGGAGGGACUUCUGGUGCCCCUCAAAGACUGUAUCAGCAGCAUCGACAGGUAA